AUGACCACCCUGACGCUGGAGGCCUCCGCGGUUCAAGAAGCUCAAGAUACCAAGCGGGCAGGCAGAAGUCAAGAAGUCGACAAGCCAAGUUCUUCAAUCAGACCGUUGGAGACCCAUGUUGCAUUUUUGCUCAGAGGCUUCGCCGCCAUCCGACAUGUUCAGGCGACGUCUGUCCGGACCCGACUUUACUGCCCACGCUUCUUCAGCGCGUGCCCGCGCGAGGGCUGUGCCAGCCAAGUGUCUCGUAAGGUUGGGCCUACCGGCGUUGAGCCAGAGCUCAACCAGGCAACAGCAUGUCCUUAA